AGGCGCGCCUUCUAUUUUCUUUUUACUCACAAUUGCCAAGCCUGGUAUGCCAAUGGCGGGCUCUCACACCCCGCAAUCUGCUUGGAUUAUUCACUUGCUCUGCCUCUGGGCUUCUGCAGUUCUGGUAUUCGCCGAUGAACAUUCCUUGUCUCUUACUCAAAAUGCCACACUGCAGCUAUCACGUGGCUUGCCUGUGGGAAAUUCUCCUGGUUCUAAGCCUGGUGCUACUGUGGUUGUUGAAAGAGUUUAUAUACAUGGAUUGUCAAGGUUUAAAAGCCUGGGGAAAUUUGCACAUUCCUUUAGAGUGAAGGUGUUGCCACUUCCUACACACUCAAAUGUUCGUCUGCCAAACAUAGAGGUCUGUUUCCAUAGGAAUGUGUCUCUUGUAGCCGGGAUGUGUUCACAUAGCCAGUGGGAGAAGGUUGCCAAGGGUUCUUGGACUCGAUCAAUGUCCCCUUUUGACCACAAGAUUUUAGAUAUAAGGACUGCUGGAUCCACACUGGAAAACUUUGAGGUUUCUGUCGAAGAAGAAUUUUUUGUAUAUCGAAUUGUGUUAUUAGUAUUGGGUAUUACUCUGAUGAGCCUUGCAGCCUUUAUAAGUAAUUCAUUAGCAUUUUACUAUAGCAGUGCAAUGGCAAUUGGAAUAAUUCUCGUUGUACUGAUUAUUCUGUAUCAGGGAAUGAAAGUUCUUCCAACUGGUCGUAAGAGUUCCCUUGCUAUAUUUAUGUAUUCAACUGCUGUUGGUUUUGGUACUUUUCUCCUCCGUUACAUUCCUGGCUUAGUUCGUUCAGUACUUACAGAGUUAGGAAUUGAUGAAGACAUGUAUAAUCCUUUGGCAAUAUUUCUGCUGACAUUUGUUGCAAUAAUUGGAGCUUGGUUGGGGUUCUGGGUGGUACACAAGCUUGUCUUGACUGAAGAUGGAUCAGUGGACAUAAACACUGCUCAAUUUGUUGCGUGGGCUAUAAGGAUUUUGGCUGCGAUUAUGAUUCUUCAGAGUUCUAUGGAUCCCCUGAUAGGAACAUUGGCUUUACUGUGUGGAUCACUCCUCUCCUUGUUGAAGCGGAUGCGUAGAGUGAGAUUCAUUCGUCAUUUACGCAGGCGUUUCUUUAAAUCACCCAAGAAAAACAGAAGGAGAUCCCAGGUUCCUGACUCGUCACCUUUUGAUGGUUCACACGAUGAACAUAUGUACAACAAUAUGCAAAAUGAAGAGGACUCUCCACUUUUUCAUCCACGACUGAAAAGCCCUACCUUGUCGCCUUGCAAAUCUUCUCCUAAAGGUUACAUUAGGACGCCACUUAAAACACAGAAGGAAGCGUUAUACCCGUCCAUAAUACACAACACGCCGGAGAGAAAAAAAUAUUCAGCUGCAGAAUGGGAUGCGUUCACAAAGGAGUCAACUGAAAAAGCCUUGGAAGAACUUGUUGCAUCCCCUGAUUUCGGUAAAUGGUUGACCUCCAAUGCAGGUAGGAUAAGCGUAACGCCCAACACGAAAACUGGUCGUGGGCGUAGAUGGAUGUUCUGGUCUGGAAGCACCUAAACGUUCUCCACAAAUUUAUGACAGUUUGAUCGAAGUAGUUGAUAUAAUCCUACAGGACUUCUUGCCCUUGAGCUAACGCUUGUUUUUCCAUCGCAGAAGGUUCAAACACGAGAGCAAUGUAGAAUAGACAAACUUAAAUAUUGUAAAUUUUUGUGAUAAGUAAUGUUUUGUGGGGUGUAUUAUAGAUAUUCAUUCCCUGCUCUGGUGGUUUCUCAGAUCUUUUCCACUGGCAAGUUUCCGGGAAAUGUUUGAAUUCGUAUCCAACGCUGACCAUACCGGUUGAUGUAGUCUUAAUUUUGAAAUUUGUAGAAUGUGUUCACUUCGUUUUUGUUUUUAAGAACACGUUUUAUGCCAAACUUAGAUUCUAUGAUUCA